CACAAAUAGGCACAACAAACAACAGCAGCCGUGAUGGACGAUGCUGCCAGCGGUGAGGUGGAGGAGUUUGAGGUGGUGGCGGUGAAGGUGCCGACGAGCUUCCGGUGUGUCGCCUGUGGCCGCAUUGCGGUUGAUCCACAGACAGCGGUCCCGUGUGGCCACUCUUUUUGUUCUUCCUGCACACACGGGCAAUUCCGCAGCGCCACAAAUGUGGAGCGCACGCCAGAGGUCGUGCAGGAGGGUGCGAGCCCAGCGUUUGGGGUUGGCUCAAAUGAGCGCGAUGAUGCAGCGGCGCAAGUCCCCAGAGUACGUGGAGAUCCGCACAGCGCACAUGGACAAGGUGGUCGCCAGCGCGGCGGCGAUGGCCAGUUCUUCCCUGACGAUGCCGAGCACGGGGAAGCCACCACUGCCGACAUGUGGCGUGGCGCAGCGAUGCGCCAUGACGGCGACGGCGGGAGUUUGCGCGGCAACCAGAGCAACGGCGAAGAGGACACAGAAGUGGGACAAGAAGAAGAAGGUGGUGGCCGUGGUGAUGGGCAUGGUGGUCUGAGGCUGGGUGAACAAAGCGCACCAGCCACGGUGCUGCAAAGGUGCCCAAGCGACCAGCAGCGCAUUCAAAUCUUUGUGCCCAACGCCGCACUGGCGGAACAAGUGGCCAUGCUACCUGUCGUGUGUCGCCAUUGCCAGGCAGCGCAGCAAGGCGAGGAUGCUCACCUGCAGCUCGGACAGUUUGCGGAGCACGCGAGACGCUGCCCUAACAAGCCUGCGCGGUGUCUCAACUCACUCGCGUGCCACCCCAUUCCGCGUCGCCAGCUCAUGGAGCACCUGCAGCUCUGCCAUCUCGCCACCUGCCCCAUGAACGUGCUCGGGUGCCGGUUCAAAGGCACGUUCUUUGAGGUGCAACACCAUCUUGACACGUGCGAGUUUCGUGGCAGCGACCACACCAGCAUUGUGUCCCGUGCAGUGCAUCGCCUGCGCGAUAUUGAGCAGCAGCUUUGGCGGGAGUUUUCUUCAGCGUGGACGCGUCUCGAUCAUCUCAACACAAGCAUCGACGAAGGUUUGAGGGCGGCUGAGCAGCAGAGGAGAGACAGGGAGAGGCAGGCGCACCAGUCACAACAGGGGCAACACGAACACAAAAACAAACACCAGCAACACCAGCAACAGCAACAUCAACAGCAGCAGCAGCAUCAACAUCAGCAGCAGCUUGAGGAUCGACGUGUGUCAUCACUGCGUGAAUUCGUCAUGCCGUUUCGCUUCCGGUGCAUUGGCUCAUUUCGGGGCCACACGGAGCCGGUGUGGGCACUGCAUUCCUUCAACGAUAUGCUCUUUUCCGCCGGCAGUGACGAAGCUAUCAAGGUGUGGGACAUGUCCAAGCUCUCGUGUGUUCGCACGCUUCGACCGGGCGAAGGUGUGAUCCACUGCUUGUGUGUCUGUGACGAGCACCUCAUCUGCGGCACAUCCACUGGAAAGGUUCUGCUGUUUUCGACGAGCACAUAUGAGCUUGAGCAGACGCAGCAAGUGGCCGACUCCAUCAUCUCGUGCGCAUCUGCACACGACCACCUCGCAUACAUCGGAUCAUUUGGGUCGUUGCAGAUGAUGGCGAUGGACGGGACGGUGCCGCAAUCGCAGGAGGGGCUCGGCCACUGGAUCCGCGCACUCGUUGUUGUUCCGCAACAGCAGCUCAUCUACUCAGCGAGUGGCGCGGAGGUGUGUGUGUGGCAGCUGGGAACGCUGAUGCGCGUGCAGUCGUUUCGCACAAAAUACGGCAGCGUGCGCUCGCUCGCCAUCUCAAACAAUCUUCUCAUCACCGGCACCCAGAACCAGAACAUCCACAUUUACGACACGGAGACAGGCACCCAUCAGGGCAAGCUCGUUGGUCACGUGGGCGCCGUUGAAGCCCUGAUCACUUCUCCGGGCGGUCAGUUCCUGCUGAGUGCCAGCUGGGACAAGACCAUCAAGAUCUGGAAUCUCGCCAAGGGCCUCGAGAUACAGGCGCUGUGCAGGCACGAAGGCAGCGUCAACGCGCUUAUUUGGCAUGGGGAGAUGCUCGUCUCUGCGGGCGCCGACGCGGCCGUGAAAAUGUACAAAUACACACACGUCGCCCGCGCAAAGUGAACCAUCCCUACACACCAUCUCGAACCACAGGCAGCCUGGUUGUGCACCGUGCUUGCGUGCGCGCGUGUAUUGUGCGCAUGCUUGCAUGCACGUGUGAUCUACGACGUUGCGGUGUCGAUUGCGGAUUCGGAGCGAAAGACCUCGAGAUGCUGCAGCUGUGCCUUGAGCAUCGCAACCUCGUCCGUCCGCCCGGCCUGUCAGCAUUGGGGUGAUGGUGGUGGUGGUUGUGACGACGACGACGAUGGCAAUGGUGAUGCGUUCUGAUGGUGGUAAGUGUUGUUCAAACAGCACCCUUUUGUACAAACCCUGUUGCUGUAUCUAAUCAUAAUAUUAAACCGAAGCACAACACGCA